AUGGCUUCGAUCCACCUUGGCCUAACUAUACCAGGAGCACGUAGCCAACGCACAACGGUUACCUCAUUGGGUCCAACAUAUAUGCAUGAGAGUUACACUUCAGGCCCUCUAGCUAAAGUACCAGCAUUGAUGGAGGCCUGUGCUUCGCUAUGGGUGGAUUGCCAUUUGAUGAUGGAUUACGGAGGAUUGUUGUUUGAUGAUGGAAGCAGUUGGAAAUUUAUGUGA